AAUUUGUAAAUAAUAAUAAUUAGAAGAAUUUUUGAAAAAAAAUUUCCUUAAACCCUAUUGAUUGGUCCCUUCACAGUUCACUAACAACAAAACGAUCUGAAAAACCAGAGCGAUGAAGAUAGCAGUGGAAGGGUGUAUGCAUGGAGACCUCGACGCCGUUUACAAAACCCUCCAAUACUAUGAAAGAGUUCACAAUACCAAAAUCGACCUCCUUCUCUGCUGCGGCGACUUUCAGGCGGUGAGGAAUGAGAAGGAUUUGGAGAGUUUGAGUGUGCCGCCGAAAUAUAGGUCCAUGCAAACGUUUUGGAAGUACUAUUCGGGUGAGGAAGUCGCUCCCUAUCCCACCAUAUUCAUCGGCGGAAACCAUGAAGCUUCCAAUUACUUGUGGGAACUGUACUAUGGGGGUUGGGCAGCACCUAAUAUAUACUUCAUGGGUUUUGCUGGGGUUGUCAAAUUCGGAAACCUUCGAAUUGGUGGACUCUCUGGAAUUUACAAUGCCCGCCAUUAUCGUUUAGGACAUUUUGAGAGGCCUCCAUAUAAUGACAGCACUAUCAGGUCUGUGUAUCAUGUUCGUGAAUAUGAUGUCCACAAACUCAUGCAAGUUGAGGAACCCAUUGACAUUUUUCUUUCGCACGAUUGGCCUCUUGGCAUCACUGAUUGUGGAGACUGGGAGACACUUGUCCAGGACAAACCAUUUUUUAAGAAGGAGGUUCAGGAAAGAACUCUUGGAAGUAAACCUGCUGCUCAACUGCUGGAAAAAUUGAAGCCACCAUAUUGGUUUUCAGCCCAUCUACACUGCAAAUUCUCUGCUCUUGUUCAACAUGGAGAGGGUGGUCCAGUGACAAAAUUUCUUGCUCUGGAUAAGUGCCUUCCACGGCGUAAAUUUUUACAGAUCAUUGAAAUUGAAUCAGAGUUAGGACCUUUUGAGAUUCAGUAUGAUGAGGAAUGGCUAGCAAUAACAAGGAGGUUCAACUCUAUCUUCCCUUUGACCGCCAAAAGUGCAAAUUUUUGUAAUGUAAAUCUUGACAUGCAAGAUGACCUUCAAUGGAUUGGGAGCAAACUUCAAGCUAGAGGCUCCAAGCCUUUCGAAUUUGUUCAGACGGCCCAAGGUUACAAUCCCUCCAAAUCUGUCUCUAGGGGUCCCUCUGAUGAAUACAUUAGAAAUCCUCAAACAGAAUCAUUAUUGAAGUUUCUAGAACUUCCAUAUCUUCUUGAUGACAUGUCAGCAUCCUCAGAAGUAUUAACUAGUCCUAAUUCACAAAUCACUACAGGUUCUUUAAGUGAUGUUAACGAAGACAUUCCCAUUGAUGAUGUGGAUGAAUUUGAAGAAGUUGCAGAAGGUGACGUGGAAACUGAAGAUGCAAAAUUUGGCUUGCUCAAAUAUGCAUCAUGGAUGGAAAGGGCUAGCUCCACACUGAAGCAUGAUGAUCACUGGUUGUUUCAAUUUUUCGUUAAUAGAACUUUUUCAUUAUCUCUCAUGAGUUCUAUUAAGGAAAACACAUACCAUCUCUCAACUCAAUGGUCUUUCAAUAUUGGGAUACUUGUCAUGGCCAUGUCUAACGGAAGUUACAAGGAAGUCGAAAAUGACAUUAUGACACAGUGCUGCAAUAAUAGAGUCAGCUCUCUAUGUGUGCACUCUGGAGAAAAUCUGGCUCUUCAAACGCUAAUGGGGAAAACAUCAUCCUCUUUCUCUUCCUCAAAUUUUCUUUACUGCUUCCCCAUUUUUGUAGCAGUUUCCUUUUAUAUUGCAGCUUCUCCUUCUUGUGCAGAUCUCUCAUGGGACUUCUAUUCGACUUCAUGCCCUUCUGCCGAGUUGAUUGUCAGAAACACGGUCAGAUCAGCUUCCUCCAUGGACCCCACAAUCCCUGGGAAGCUCCUUCGCUUGCUGUUCCAUGACUGCUUUGUGGAGGGUUGUGAUGCAUCUUUGCUGCUACAAGGAAAUGGGACAGAGCGAAGUGAUCCUGCAAACGCAUCUCUGGGAGGAUUUCAGGUCAUUGAUUCUGCUAAAAGAGUGCUUGAAAUUUUUUGUCCAGGAACCGUUUCUUGUGCUGACAUUGUUGCUUUGGCUGCUAGAGAUGCCGUUGAAUUUACCGGGGGGCCUGCAAUUCAGAUUCCAACGGGCAGGAGAGAUGGGAAAGUUUCUUCAGCUUCAAAUGUCAGACCCAACAUUGUAGACACAAGCUUUACCAUGGAAGAGAUGAUUAAGCUUUUCUCUUCUAAAGGAUUGUCUUUGGAUGACCUUGUCACACUAUCAGGAGCUCACACAAUAGGAUCAGCUCACUGCAGUGCAUUUAAUGACCGCUUUCAACAAGACUCUCAUGGGAAACUCACUCUCAUUGACCCGUCCCUUGACAGUGCUUAUGCAAACGAGCUUAUGAAACAGUGCCCUGCAGGUGCAAGCCCAUCUAAAACUGUUGAUAAUGAUCCUGAAACAUCCUUCAUGUUCGACAAUCGAUAUUACCAAAAUCUUUUAGCUCGCAAAGGGCUAUUCCAAUCGGAUUCUGUACUGUUUACUGAUGACAGAACAAGGGGAAAAGUGGAGAGUUUUGCAGAUGACCAAUCUAGUUUCUUUGAUAGUUGGAAUCGAUCAUUCUUGAAGCUUACUAGUAUUGGAGCAAAGACUGGUGAAGAAGGGGAAAUUCGAACGUCUUGUUCAUCAACCAAUGCCUAAAGAAACCGAUAGAAAACAAGAGCUAAAGUUUAUCCUACAAAAGGAAAAUAAGUAGAAAGUGGAGGCUCUAAACAAUUUCAACAUGCAUACACAGUUCAUAUUGUUAAUUAUGAGGUUUUCUUGUUUGUGUUCAUUGUUUUUUUUUUUUUUUUGGGGGUGGGGAAGGUGCCGGGUUUGGUUUGUGAAUGUUUGUGUUCAUUGUUAUGUGGGACGAAGAUUGUAUAAAACAAAUAUAAGCCAAGGUGUGAGUAAAUUUUCU